CGAUGAAGUGGUCAGGRUGUCGUCGYUGUCGGACCGUUUCAAGUAGGUACAAAGCCGCAAGGACAACUACGACCGAUCUUCCAGGGAUGCUACUAGGGUGUUUUUUUCUCCUAGCUCAGUGGAAUUCUGGGRAUUCACUCCAGCCGUUGCUACGGAUCCCCAGGAAACCAUCGCGGUCCUUAGCGGUAUCCUCACUUGGGGUGUCUCAACGUUCUUCCACUCCUUCGUCGUGCGAAAGAGAAGAUGCGUUUUCAGCGGCUCUAGCGGCAAGCGAAGGGAAUUCUUCUCGACGGAUGUUCUUUGCAUCGACUCUAGUAGGCGCGGGUGUGUGGCUUGGCGAGGGACURCCCCAGGCUGCUCUAGCGAAAACCACAGCAAUGCAAUCGAAAGAUGGCGUUGAAUUUCUAUGGCAGAAAGAUCCCAUCAACCCGAAGCGAUCAAGCUUUAAAGUCACGGAUGCCGAAAAACGAUACAACGUGAGUUUUGUGACAUAUCUUUCUCGGUUUCUUUUGAGUUUCGACCCAAAGGCGCAACAAUGGUGGAUGGAUCGUGCGAAAGAAAUCCCUAAAAAAACACCCAGGGAGGACAUUUUYGACAUUCGAGAGGAACAAUUUGCUAGAUUUGCAGCUUCUGUUGAAGUUGGUUUGCAGCAAGAUGACUUUCUUGGAGAGGACGGCCCGAAACGAUUGUUGGAAAGCCUGUUGAAUCAGUUCGGAAAGCCGCAUGAUGAUGCUGGUAGCUCCACUGGCACACCCACAGGAGACGAAUCGGAUAAACUCACAAAGGAACAGAAGGAAGCAAGACGACAGCUAGCAUUGUUGUUUGGGUUGCUUGAGGAAUCCCAACCGGUCGAAGAAAUCACAGCGCUCUUGGCUUCCAUCGAUAACGGAUCUAUCGAUGCAGUGGAACUAAGGGAAGACGCUCGGUCUGCUGGUUUGCUGAAAGGAUUUUCACCKGAAGACGUGCCAAUGAUAAUGUUCCCGCCACCCGAAGCAGGAUCGAGUUACAAGCAGGCCACUGGCAAGGCUCUUUUGAAACCCACUGGUGAAUUGUUACGCAUCGAAAUCAUCGAUGGAGGAGAAGGAUACACCCAACCUCCGGAUAUUUCUGAGGAGAUAUCCGGGAUAAUGGAUGGAGGCGAAGCGGCGACUWUCGAUACAGCAAUUGCGAAAGGAGUAUUGAAAAGCAUAAAGCUCACAAAGAAAGGUUCUGGCUACAGUCAAGAUUGUAUCGUGAAAAUGACACUGAAGCCUCCUACAAAAAACACCGGGAAACCCGCAGUWAUUCGCAUUGUCCCGGAAAUGGAGAUAUCCAAAGUAGAGAUGGACGAAGUUGGAUCUGGUUACGCAGUGGAGAAGCCCAUCAAAGUUACGCUGGUUUCCAAGGCUAGGGGCGAACCCCAACUUAUUGGAGUUGGGUAUCCCAAGGGGAAAAUGGGUUCAUUCAUGGCCGCUCGGCAACCUAGCGAAAACAAAAUACGUAAUUUUGAGCGAGAACUCAUCAGCGAAGAGAUAAAAGUGGUCAGCGGRGCUUCGAGCGGUGGGAAUCUUCCCUCUACCCCGUUCCCCGAAAAGGCAUCGUCUUCGCAACAACUUUUGGCUCUGCUCCCACAAGGAUUUGGUUUGGAAUUCGAUACAAAGAAAAAAUACUAUGUAUUGAGUGUGAACAAAGAAUAUCAAAGYUUAUAUCCGUCUAUGGCCCUGAAAGCUCCCAACAGGCCAUCGGUUCCCGAUUUUGGCCCACGGGGCCGGAAUCCCAUCGAGCGGGAUCAACGAAUAGAUGUAUCAACGUUUUUGCGCUUUGUUCUUUCCGGUGCAAUUUGUUGCGGCGGUGUUAAUGUAGCACUCACACCAUUGGAUCUGGUGAAAACCAAGGUUCAAAUCGAUCCCUCCCGAUAUCCCAAAGUUCUACCUGCAUUUCAAUCGGUGUGGARAGACGAGGGCCCUAGCACUUUAUACACGGGCUGGGUGCCUACACUUAGUGGGCACUUCAUUGCUGGUGGUGUGCUUUAUGCCACAACGGAGGUGAUCCGCCGAUCGCUAACUGAAGCAGUUGGAGUCAAUGCAAUGUCUCUAGAAGUUCCGAUCAUUUUGGCUGCUGCGGGUUUCUCCUCUGGCGUCGCGGCAGUCCUUUAUUGUCCAUUUGAUGCGGUAAGGAUCCGACUCGUAGCCCAACCUGAUUAUGGAAAGAAUGCAUUCAAAACGGUGUCUCGUAUGGUGAAGGAAGAGGGGAUCGAUUCCUUGACGAACGCAAUUCCUGUGUUUGUUGCAAAACAAGUCCCGUAUGCAGCCGUCAAAUUUUUAAUAUUUGAUUUGAGUACCGAAUAUUUGUACAAGGCUUUUCCUCUAGCGCAGGAGGAUCUGAAGCUAUCACUCGUAAUCAGUCUGACYGGGGGUAUUCUAGCCGGGAUAGCCGCGGCGUUCGUGAGUAAUCCGGCCGAUGCUGUCAUUUCGGAGCUCAAGAAAGCCAAAUCCGACCAAUCACCCCAAGAGGCACUCCAAGCAUUGCUGGAUCGAGGGGGCUCUGAGGCAUUAUUCAAGGGUCUUUCAAUACGAAUGGUYCUUUAUUCACUSACCGCAGCUUUUCAAUUCUUGAUCUACGACGGUGUUCGGUUUGCUCUGGGAGUAGGACCGGACGAUCUGCGCCUAUAUCUAGAUGUUUUGGGUGAGGCUCUUACCACGAAUGCGUGAUCAUCUUUGAGUUUCUAUAUUCUAUACAU